AAUUCCAAAUAGGCAUGCUCAACUCAAUGCAACAAAAACAAUUUCAUUCCAAUCAUGCUCAAUUCCAGAAAACAAUGAAAUCCCCAUUUUCAUUCCAAUCAUGCCCAAUUCCAGAAAAACAAUGAAAUUCCCGUUUUCAUACUAAUCACGCUCAAUUCCCGAAAAACAAUGAAAUUCCCAUAAAAUCAUCACAAUUUCCAUUUCAGUUUAAUCACACCCAAAUACUGAUAAAAUUGAUUUAAAAUCAAUUUAAACCUUACCACCAUCUCAAAAACAAUUGAAAACAUGCUUUAAAAUCGAAGCGCUUUACCAUAAUUUACUUACCUUACUCGCACAGAACAGAAGGCUAACCCAAGUGCUACGGUGACAGAACGAUCAAAACCAGAAUUUUCGGCAAGUAAAGGCCGGUUCCGGCUGGGAAGGAAGCCGACGGCAUCUGCAGGGGGGCUCACGGGCCGAAAAAUGCCCAGAAAUCCAAACCCACAUAGCAAUGGCGGACAGGGGAGAAGAGCAGAGCAGAUCUGGAAUUUCCAACAGAGGUGGGGGGAUUUCUGGGUUCAAGAACAAGAAAAGAAUGAGAAAAUCCCAAGCUUGGUCACCAAUUUUCUCAAAAAUGAGUCGGUGGCUAGAGGGGCUUGGGGGGGGCUGUCGGGAGGAAGAGUCGGGAAGAAGAAGAAGAUGAGGACGAGCAAAACACGUGGCUGAGGAGAGAAAUAUCAGCCUUGAUCCUUAUCCUAAUUUCCUUUCUUUUUAGUCCCCCAACUUUUUAAAAUUUUACAAUUAAGCCUCGAAAUAAAAUUUUUCCUCAAAU